AUGGGUUAUACGACACUAUGGAGGCGGCUCUCGCCGCGACAACUGAAUGUCACUAUCCAAGUUUUCUCGCUCAUCUCCAUCUUUUUCGAAGGCUACGACCAAGGCGUCAUGGGCGGCGUCAAUGCCUCACCCAAAUACGUCACUGAGGUCGGCAUUGGGAAGCCGGACGGCACCGUGACAGACACCACACACCAGGGCGGAAUUGUUAGCGUCUACUACCUAGGAGCUAUCUUCGGCUGCUUUGCUGGAGGGUGGAUUGCUGACAGAGCUGGUCGAAUUAAUGGCCUGCUGGUGGGCGCCUUGUUUGCCUUGGUCGGCGGUGCAUUACAGGCCGCUGCUCAGAAUUCGGACUUUAUGAUUUGCGCUCGAGUGAUUACAGGCAUUGGUACCGGAGCUUUAACCGGCAUCACUCCUGUCCUAGUGUCAGAGACCUCUUCGGCGGAUCACCGCGGUGGGUUCCUAGGAUACGUCUUCAUUGCGAAUUAUCUCGGGAUAUCAGUCGCAUAUUGGAUAUCGUUCGGCCUCGCGUUCAUCAAUAAUGGAUACUCGGACGUGCGAUGGCGGUUCUUACUUGCCUUUCAGUGUUUCCCAGCUGUGAUUCUUGUCUGCUGCAUCAAGAUGCUGCCGGAUAGUCCCCGGUAUCUUGCUUCAGUUGGUCGGAACGAAGAGGCACGUGAGGUGUUGGAAAGCAUUCGCAAGCACAGGGCAAGCCCCGAGGAGAUUGACCGAGAAUACUUGGAGAUCGUUACCCUGGCAGAGGGAAGCCAGCUUAGCUCUCCAGUCCAAUUUGCGAAUAUCUUGAUUGGGAAGGGUGGAACGCGGCAUCCGAACCUGGGCAGGCGAGCUUGGCUGUGUGUGUGGCUCCAAAUCAUGGGCUCCUGGACAGGCAUUACGGCCGUCACGGCGUACGCUCCAGUUCUCUUGUCCCAGGCCGGAUACAGCAUGAUCAAGCAGAACGGUCUGGCUGGAGGACUCAACACGGUUGGCAUUGUCGGGACCAUAAUAAGUGCCCAGAUUGUCGACCGCCUGGGCCGCCGUACCUGUCUUAUGGGGGGCUCAGCAGUGCUAUUUGGUGUCAAUCUAAUUGCUGGAGCCGUUUACGAGGGCUCAUUGCAAAAUCCUGACAAGGCUGCUCAGUAUGCCCCGGGUGCUAUUACCAUGUUGUUCCUGUUUAAUAUUGGUUAUGCUGCAACAUGGGGUACUGUUGCAUUCCUGGUGCCUACAGAGAUAUUCCCGAGCGACUUGCGGGCCCAGGGUAACGGGUUCGGUAUUACUGGGUGGGCUAUCGGUGUGGGUAUGACCACUCUGGUCAAUCCGAUUAUGUUUGCGACUAUGAAGAGCCGCACGUACUUCCUCUUCGCCGUUCUCAAUUUGAUCUGGAUCCCAAUCAUUUAUCUCUUCUACCCCGAAACCUGUAACCGCUCCCUGGAAUCUAUCGAGGCAUUAUUUUCCACACCGAGUCCCUUCCACUGGAAGAUGGAGCAGGCGUAUAAAUUGCACGGUGAUGUCUUGAUGGAACGUGGAGUCAACAAGAAUGAUUCGGUAUCGGACGAAAAGCCAGAGGUGCAGACGAUCGCCUAA